AUGGAAGCACUCGGAUCCAAAAUAGAUUUAGUGUUAUCGAAGCUUUCUAACCUGGAAACAAAAAUGGAAGAACUGAACGCAGCAGUCAAAGGUCUACAAAGCAAGGUAACGUCUUUGGAGAGAGAAGUAGAUUCAGUGAAAACGAAGCAGAAAACCUUAGACGAAUACUUCACUUCAAUGGAACAAAGUUCUGUAUUCGUUGACGAGCAAGUACAAGACCUGAUAGCUAAGACUAAUAAAAACAAUGACGACGUCAGCGAUACACGUAGAAAACUGUUAUACUUGGAGGCCUACAGUCGACGCGAAAACUUGAAAUUUGAAGGCAUCCCCGAAACUUUCGCUUCGAGCGAAGAAGAGGGAGCUAUUUAUUUCAUUCAAACCGCACUCGAUUUUUAUACCCGGCUCAUUUUCAUAUUUUAA